CGUAUGCACAUCUCUCCAUGUCUUAUCUCCCACCACUAAGCUAAGAAAAUUUUGUAAACAACGACGUGGACGUAGUAAAUUGAAUUAGAUUUUUAGCGUAAAGAUGCAGCAAUUGGUACUCUUUUUUCUGCUGGCCUUAAGUUGUCAGCAAAUCCAUGCCGAGUUGACGGCCGCCGAUUGCCGGGAGCUGGGAUUUAUUAAAGCUCAACUAAUGUGUUCCAGUUGUGAAAAACUAUUAGAUGAUUUUGGCCUGGAUACCAUCAAACCCCAUUGCAAGCAAUGCUGCACUUUGGAUCAACAGCCGGCGGUCCAGCGAACUUAUGCAAAGGCCAUUCUGGAGGUGUGCACCUGCAAAUUCCGAGCCUACCCGCAGAUACAGGCCUUCAUCCAAAGCGGCCGGCCCGCCAAGUUCCCCAACCUGCAGAUCAAAUAUGUGAGGGGCUUGGAUCCCGUCGUGAAGCUCCUAGAUGCCAGUGGCAAAGUUCAGGAGACGCUGUCCAUCACCAAGUGGAACACGGAUACCGUUGAGGAGUUCUUCGAGACGCAUCUGGCCAAAGAUGGUGCUGGCAAGAGUUCCUACAGCGUGGUGGAGGAUGUUGACGGAGACGACGAGGAGGAUUAUCUGCGCACCAAUAGGAUCUGAAAUUAGCAUUCCCUCAACUGUAGAUUAAUAAAUUUAGCAGAUAUUCAAU